AUGUCCAAUCUACCACCGAUCGUCUGCGAUACCGGAUCAAGUAUGAUCAAAUGCGGCUUAUGCACUUCCGAGACCCCCAGUGCCCAGCUACCCGCUGCUGUAGCUCGGCGCACUUUGGGAAUCGACGGACUGUUCUUCGAUGCUGAGGAGAGUGACGAUGAGGAGAACUUCAACACCACCAACACCACUACUCGGAAGCGGCAGUUGAACCACUCACCCUCAGCCUCCUCGGCUUCCACGGCCUUCCGAGGCUCAACUUUGGUCGGCUACGAGGCCUUGGCUGCAGCUGAUCAAUCUGGGGUUAAUGCCAAUUACCCUCUUAUUAACGGUAUUGUCACCGACUGGGAUGACAUGAUCCUAGUGUGGGACUACGCUUUCAAAGAGCUCGUCCAGGGAGGACACCGACGGGCAUCAUCAUCGAAGCGGAUGAAGCUGGAGGAGGGCAGGCCGGUUCCUAUGUGUGUUGGUGAGGAUGCCGAGGAGUGGUUGGAGGAGUUGAAGGGUCGGAAAAUUGUCCAAACGGAAGCCGCGUGUAACCCUACCCAAAAUCGAGAGAGGAUCCUUACUGAGAUGUUCGAACGGUAA